GUCACGCUGGAAACAAACACCAAAAUAAAGAUCACGUGUUGGCUCCAGUUUCUCUUUUUUCUUUAACGGCUGGAGAGAAAUAGCGCCCUCUGCUGGACGGCAGCGAUAUGGCAAAAAUACGAGCGCCUCCGGACGAAACCAAACACCGAACCAGCGGGAAAUAAAACACAGAUCAGGUUCAUUUGGAGGCGACAUAGCGAUGUGUUUUCAGAACAUAAAUGAAAACAGUCCAGUCGAGUUAACAUUGAAGCGCUAAUUUGCGGGUUUUUGCUCUGGCGCGUUUUGUUCCCCGCAUCCUGCGUGGAGUGGUUCGGUCCGGUAGUGAAGGCGAAGCUGCAAAAGAGCGACUUGUUUUCAGGGGAGGAAGAAGCGUCGCGGACAUCCAGCGCGGAGCGCAGCGUCGCUUCCAGCAGAAACGGUUUGAACAUUAGCAACUGGCCGCCAUGGCUCUGUGCCGCCAUGGCGUCGGGGCCAUGGCUUUACCCAGCGAGCUCAUCGUUCACAUCUUCUCCUUUCUGUCCGACCGGGACAAGCUGCGGGCCUCCGCCGUGUGCUCCCGCUGGAGGGAGUGCCUGUUCUACCCCGCGCUGUGGACGGAGCUCAAACUGCGGGUCGGCGGAUGUAACGGCUCCGGUUCCGAAGAGAUGGCCAAGCUGGACUUCCUCAUGCGGAAGUUCGGCUCCUUCGUGCGGGAGCUGCAGCUGGAGCUGGCCCCGGUGGAAGGGAACCUCAGCCCGCUGAGCAGCGAGCCGGCGGCCGCCAGGAUGGAGCAGCCUCCCGGCGGCCAGGAGGCGCCCCAGCGGUGGACGGACGCCAUGGCCGCCUACUUGGACCAGGUGCUGUGUGUCCUCACCGGCAUCCGCAACAACAGAAACCUGCAGAAGCUGAGUCUGUACGGAGACACCUUCAUCCUGCAGCAGGACGGACCGCUGGACAUGUCCAGCCUGCAGCAGGUCCACCAGGGGGACAAGAAGAUCAACGAGGUCCAGCAGCUGUUCAUGGAGCUGCUGUCCAACAGCCGCCAGCUGCGCUGGCUGUCGUGCAGCUUCAUGCUGGGUGUGGCGACGCCCUGCUCCCUCUCCUGCCUCUCCAACCCGGCAGCCGAGACGCUGCAGCACCUCAGCUUACUGGACCACCAGCUGGGGCCCCUGGUCUCCCCCUCAGAGCUGGACCGGCUCUCCAACCUUCACUCUCUGGGUCUGGAUUUCUGCGACUUCACGCCGGAGCUCUGUGGUCUGCUGGCAUCGCCACGACGAGCUCCCCUCCACCGCCUGUCGCUGCUGCUCAACGGCGCCGCCCUGGAGUUCAAACCGUUGGAGGGCACGGCCACAGAGGACGACUGGAAGGCGCUGGUCCGGGUCAGCGCCGACCUGCGCGUUUACAUGAUGGCUCUGGAGGUGGACAGCUCAGAACUGCUCCGCGUCCUGAAGCCCAGCCUUCCUCUGGAGCGCCUCCACCUGGACAGCUACAGCACGCUGGUGACGGACGGCGCCCUGGAGCUCAUCUCCCAGCAGUACAACAGAACCCUGACCCACUUCCUGCUGCUGAGGGACGGGCCCGGCUUCCCCGACCUCAGCAUCAACCGCAACGAGGACCCGCUGGUGCUGCUGGCGUGGCGCUGCACCCAGCUGGCCGUCCUGGUGAUCCACGGUUACACCGUGUGGUCCCAUAACCUGGUGGCCAUCUCGCGCCUGCGCGGCGCCAGCCUGCGCGUCCUCACCGUCUCUGAGGAGAGCGUGGACUUCGACCCGGACCAGUCCCUCUACGUGGAGGGCGACCCGGUCCACAACCUGGUGAAGGAGGUUUCUCUGGGCCUGGGCCGCGUCUGGCACCCCUGCCUGGACUCCGCCGUGGUUCUGUCCGAACCCACCCAACACUUCCACCGCGAGCUGCGCGCCUUCAGCGCCGGCGUGUAGCGGCGCCGGACGGACCGGACCAGCUGGAAACACAGCAGACCUGAGUAAACCAUGCAGAGCUCACACUCACAGGAUCGGCUUUUAUUUUAGUUUUUAUUUCAUUAAAUUUGCUUCAGUCUUUAUUUUUCUUUUAUGUUUUUAAUUUAGAAAUCGGAACAAAUUUCUUCAUGAAAUUCCUGACAUUUUUAACUAGUCAGCUGAAAUGACUUUGUACAGUCUGGGCUCAUCCAGUCCGAUCCGGUCUGGUUUGGUCUGAUCCGGUCUGGUCUGAUCCAGUCUGAUCCGGUCCGGUCUGGUCUGAUCCGGUUCGGUCUGAUCCGGUCCGGUCUGGUCUGAUCCGGUUCGGUCUGAUCCAGUCUGAUCCGGUCUGAUCCAGUCUGAUCCGGUCUGGUUUGGUCCGGUCCGGUCCGAUCCGGUCUGAACUGAUCCGGUUUGGUCUGAUCCAGUCUGAUCCGGUUCGGUCUGAUCCGGUCUGGUCUGAUCCGGUCUGAUCUGGUCCGGUCCGGUCUGAUCCAGUCUGAUCCGGUCUGAUCCGGUCUGGUCUGGUCCGGUCUGAUCCGGUCUGAUCCGGUCUGAUCCGGUCUGAUCUGGUCCGGUCCGGUCCGAUCCGGUCUGAUCCAGUCUGAUCCGGUCCGGUCUGGUCCGAUCCGGUCUGAUCCGGUCUGAUCCAGUCUGAUCCGGUCUGGUCCAGUCUGGUCCGAUCUGGUCCGAUCCGGUCUGGUCCAGUCUGGUCCGAUCUGGUCCGGUCCGGUCCGGUCCGGUCUGGCCCACAGUGGGAUCGGUUCUUAUUCCAUCACCCUAACCCCCUGCGGAGCCUCUGUGUGAUGUAACUCUGAUCCCUGUUAGUUUUUUGCCCCCCCUGUGUGUUCUCUGUUUGUUUACCUCGUGGUGACCUUUCACCCCUGCGCCCCAUGUGUUUGGACACAGACUCGUUGUGAUCCUGCUCAGACGCAGCAGGUUGGUGACGGAGGCCAGGCCGACUGCUGCAGCUGCUUUUCUUUCAGGUGGGGGUGUUAUGUUUUAUGAUCUGACUGGUUACUGAAUGUGUUAUUUUCCGGUAUUUUAAGGUCAGAGGUCAAUUCUUAGGGCGUGUCAGGCAGUGUCACAGAGAGUUUUGUUACUUCCUGUUGAGCCUCCAGCUGAUCAGAACCAUCUGAUGUUCUGAUUUUAACUUUCACAGCCGGCCGACUCCAGUUCUGGCUUUAUUCUUGACGAGUCGGGUUCCCGGCGUGUAAAACUGUUUGGACCGGGCCGGAGCAGCGGCUGAGUUCUGCAGGCCCGGUUCUGAAGAGCUGGAACGCUGAAUGUAAACUGGGCUGAGCUUCACGCAUCACAGAUUCCUUCCUUCCUUCUUUCUGGAACCUGCAGCACAUUAAUGGUUCUGGUUGCGCCAGCUCAGGGUUCGGGUCGGGUCGGCCUGCGGCGUCGCUCUGAUGCUGAUGAUGUGCAAAACAAUCACCUUUCUUUUCCUCUGAUGUCACAGUUGCCUUGGAAACGGCUCCCCGUUCUCCGGUGUAGUAGUUUAGAUUUGUUGUGCGUCUGGCCGUCUGAUCGGACCCCCGGCCCGGCUCGGAUCGGCCCGGCCCGUCUGGCCGUCUGAUCGGACCCCCGGCCCGGCUCGGAUCGGCCCGGCAUGGCCCGGCCCGUCUGGCCAUCUGAUUGGACCCUCGGCCCGGCCCGGCCCGGCCCGACUCGGCCCGGCCCGACUGGCGGUCUGAUUGGACCCCCGGCCCGGCCCGGCUCGGCCCGGCCCGGCCUGGCCUGGCCCGGCCCGGCUCGGCCCGAGGCCCAAAGAACCUAAUCAUACAUUUGUUUUCAACGAUUAAGGUUGACGGGAGACGGCGGGUCCAAAUCUGGUUCUGAGUUUCCAGAACUUUACCGGCUGCAGGAAAGCCUCGGCGCCAGCGGCGACCGGGUCGUGGUUGCCAUGGUGUCCUGGACUGAACGCAGCGCUCUGGCGGCUCAGGAUGGUUGCCAUGGUCGCAGCUGGGUGGCAGAGGUCAGAGGUCAGCGUCUUUUCCUCUCCGUUUUGUCAGAAUCUGAUUUUUGCAGCUUCCUGCUGCGUUCGACUCAGACAGGAAGUCAGACUGAAAAUCAGUUCCUGUCGUUCUGAGAGCGGAUCAGCGCCGACUCGGCCCGGUCCCACCGGUUCUGGGUCCGACACGCGGCAGCACAAAGUGUUCUGAAAGGAGACAGCUUGUGGAGUCCCGCAGGGCUCAUGGCUCUGCAGGCCCGGUUCUGAACCUUUGGGUUUGGCGGUUCUGGUUCUGGUCGGUCCGCUCCGGUCCAAACUGCUGUAACGAUAGUUGAACCAGCGUUUGCAGUUUUCUGGUGCAUCCUGUGUUCUCCUGUGUUUGUGACGCGGCUGACAGGAGACCUGUGUGAGCGAUGAAUCCCUCCGGACCCGGUUCUGUUCUGCUGACCCGUUCUGAGGAACAACCUUCACUCCUGCUCUCUGGACCGGGUCGGUUCUGGAUCUCACAGGGAAACAAAGCGGAGCAGGAAGUGGAGGCGUGGCCAAGCCGAGUCCUUACCUCUGAUUGGCUCUCAGGGUCCGUGUCAUCAGGAGUUCUGGGCUCACCGCCUUCUUCUCCCGUUUUCUCUGUGAGGAGCGAGGCAGUGUUACCGUAGGGUCAGGGGUCAUGGGGUCGCGGGUUCUGGCUCCAUGAAGCUGUAAACUGAUUUAGGAAAGAACAUUCCACAUGAAGGGCGGGGCUCCUUCCUUCCAUCAGUGUGCAUAGACAAUGAUAUCUAUUGACAGAUCGCUAUGUUGUUCGUGCAGCAGGUGGCGCUGUUCAGAGAUGAUCAGCUGAUUUCACGUUUCCAUCCAGACUGGGGGCGUUAUCAUUCUGACAUGUUGAAACCCGUCCAGGAGUGAUUGGACGAUCCUCACCUUGGGUACAGUCGACCCUGUACCCACGGUGACCCAGAGGUCAGGCGGGUGUCCAAUCAGAGAGCUGGCCUCUAACUCUCUGUGUCCCUCUGCUGGACCCGCUCAGCUCAGAACCAAAGUAGCAGACGGUCAGAUCUGCAGGGACGCCAGAUUUUUAAGAUUCCCGUCUCUUAUCUCAGAUUCCUUCAGCCUGACGCUGAAGCGGCUCCUCCGACCAGAAGCUCGGUCAGAAGGAGCGUGCAGAGAGCUGGACUCGUGCAGGAAUGUAAAUGUGAGAAACACUGGAUGUGCAGCGGAGGAGCUGCUCCUGGGCCUGAUGCUCUGGCCCAGGAGGCUGGCUAACCCACCAGCGGUUCUGGUGAGACUCCUCUGGACGUUAAAGGAAGUCAGAGAUCAGAUCUGCUUCUGGCUGCUGAACAGAGUCCUGAUGGACUGCAGAGCCGAUCAGGCGGCCGGGCCGGCCUGCUGCCCAGUCCAGCAUCAACUAUGCAAGAGGAACGCGUUUAAUCCAAACUUUAUUUUUCUGUUUUUAUAUUUGCUUUCCAUUCUCUCGCCGUCACAGAGCAGCAGUGGUAGAUGUGAACUAAGAGAACGUGCAAUGACAAUACUUGGCCUUAUGAUGAUGAUUUCUGAGAUCUUUUAGUCUGAAGAUGUUUUGAAGUGUGACCAGCCAACCCGGCGGCGGCGGCGGCAGCGGGUCGCUCUUGGUCUCCGUGAGACCGGCUAGACGGCCCCCGGUUCUAUCGUGGUACGAAUGUUGUGCAUUUGUUUCAGAUCAGGACAGUUUGCAAUAACAGCAGUUUCACAAGCGGCCACAAGGGGCAGUGCUGACGGCGCCCGGCUGCGCCUUCAGAAAACCAUAGAGGAAGAAAUAGAAACUAUAUAAAGAGAUGAAUAUAUAUAUGGAGUCACUCAGUGCAUAUUUGUAACGGUGUCAGCGACUCGUCGUGGUGUUUCCUCUUAUGCAACUUAUUCAGAUUCUGAACAUGAAGUUGAUUCUAAAACCACGAAUCAGAGUUUGUACAUCAGACCCCAUGUUGUUGUUGUUUUGGCUUUUAUUUUUGCAGAAAUGGUUUUACUCUGAGUGUAACUUCCUGUGUGACUGUUUGCUGAUGUAAGCGCUGGUUUCUCCUUCCUCCUCCAAGCAGAGGCCCUGACCCCCGACCUCCAGAACACACAGCUGGACCCUCACACACAAACCCGCCCACUUCCUCUGAAAUCUGCACACAUCAAACUUGAAUCUGACCUGAGAAGGUGCAGCUGGUUUCAGAUCAUCCCAGCUGGGGGUCAGAGGUCGUCUCUCCUUGCAGAAGGGCGGGGUUGUUUUGGGGAGGGGCAGCAGGACCUCUGAACUGAGCGGGUCGGAGCGGGUCGGCCUGCUGGCUGCUGAUUGAUGCUGAAUGAAUGCUUCUCUUUUAGUCAGUGAAUAAAAACAUUAAAAAGUC